UUCUAGAACGUAUCGGUUCGCAACCAAAGAAGAGGUCCGAGUCCCAAACCGGCCACUUCCGUACAUCUCCUCCAAACGUGGAUACUGGAUAGUGAGAUCGAUUUCCCAUCGCAGCUACAACUUUUGGUCUCUUAAAUUUUCAAAGAAGAAGAAGAAGAAGGGAGUUUUUGAUGCCGAUAAGAGAUGCCGCCGAAGCAGCAAUCGAAGGGCGAUUUGGCGAAGAAGCAGAAGAUUGUAGAGGACAAGACCUUCGGGCUCAAGAACAAAAACAAGAGCAAGAAUGUCCAGAAGUAUGUCCAGAGCCUCAAGCAGACGGUGCAGCCCAUGCCUGAUCCUGCCAAGACCGCUGCUAAGAAGAAGAAGGAGGAAGAGAAGGCCAAGGAUAAGGAGCUGAAUGAUUUGUUCAAGAUUGCCGUCAGUCAGCCCAAAGUGCCACUUGGUGUUGAUCCCAAAUCCAUAUUGUGUGAAUUUUAUAAAGUGGGUCAGUGUGCUAAAGGUUUUAAAUGCAAAUUCUCACAUGAUUUGAAUGUUCAGAGGAAGGGAGAAAAGAUUGAUCUUUACAGCGAUAAGCGAGACCAAGAAACAAUGGACGACUGGGAUCAAGAGACUUUGGAGAAGGUUGUCGAAUCAAAGAAAACUGAGUAUAAGCAGAACAAGCCAACUGAUAUUGUCUGUAAAUACUUUUUGGAAGCAGUGGAGAAGAAGCAAUAUGGUUGGUUUUGGGUCUGCCCAAACGGUGGUAAAGACUGCCAUUACAGGCAUGCUCUUCCGCCUGGAUAUAUUUUGAAAUCUCAGAUGAAAGCUCUGUUAGAGGAAGAGGCAGAAAAGAUACCCAUUGAGGAGGAGAUUGAAAAUCAGCGUGCAAAAUUAACAACUUCAACUCCUAUGACUCCUGAGUUGUUUAUGCAAUGGAAGAAGAAAAAGAUAGCAGAAAGAGAUGCAGGCUUGGCUGCACAGCAGGCAGAGAGGGCUAAGAAUGACCGUAUGAGUGGACGUGAGCUGUUCCUAUCAGAUUCUAGCUUGUUUGUGGAUGAUGCUGAGGCAUAUGAGAAGUACCAAAGAGAGUCAGGAUCUGAUGUUACUGAAAAAAAGGUCAAUGAUAAUUCUGCUGGAGUUGGACCGAGUAGCUUAACAAAUGCCGGUGAUGUUGCUGAAGACGAAGAUGAUGAUGAUGAUGAACUGGAAAUGGAUGAAUUAGAUGAGUUGGAAGCAAGCUUGUCAAAGACAUCACUCCAAAUCCAGGAGCCAGGCACUCAUACUUAAUCCUGAGAGUCACAAUCUACUCUUCCACAUGCUCUUAUUAAGGUUAUGCUCCUGCUACAAACUAAAAGCCUCAUUUUUGGCAACCUCAACGAGGUUAUGAAUUAAAAGUCAAGAUAUUAAUGCUAUUGUAAUUAGUUAAAAACUAUCAGUAUCCUUAUUAUCAAGUCCAUAACUAUCAAGAUUAUAUAUCCUGUAAUUUUUAGUAAAUAAGGUUUGCUUUUGGGACUCCUGCAAACUUCUUGGCUUGAAGAUGUGUACUUAUGCUAGGAUAAGAUUUUGGGAGUGAUUGUCAUAAUUUACCCGACAAGAAAAGUUGAAAGGGCUAACAUCCUCAACUUUUCCAUGACAA